AUGGCUCUCGCGCUUCCCCAGCCCUGCAUGUCAGUGGUGACCCCUGUGCAUGGAAAGGGAACGCAGUGGGCAGCCAGUUCGCUUUGUGCUGCUGCUUGUCCCCCUCCACAGAAAUACCUAAGAGAAGCACGUCCAUGUGCCCAAGGGCCAGAAGGGCCAUUGGUGAGGAAAUUUCACCAACUGGUGUCCCCCUUUGGGGGCCAGCAGGUGGUCCAGACAGCGGGCAGAAGCAAGAAGCUACACCCACGUGACCUUCAGUCUCUGUGGCUCCAAGACACCCAGGUCCAUGGAAAGAAAUUAUUCAUUAGAUUUGAUCCAGAUGAAGAACUGGAGACCCGUGGAAAUGACCCACUUCCAGAACCUCUUCCCACAAGUCAGCUCCGUCUGUUUGGCAGCAUUUGGGUGAACCAGUUCUCCAGAGUGAAGAAAGCCAACAAGAGCGGUGACUGGAGGGACCCUGUGCUCAGGCUGGUCCUUUAUUUUGGCGGUGGCAGCUUUCUGGUGUUUUAUAAUUGUCAGAUGUCUUGGAGCUCUUCCCUAGUGGUCAGACCCACCUCUGACAUUCUGUCUGAAAAGUUCCAUGGAGGACAAGCCUUGGAAGCUUUGGCCUGGGCCCAUCCUGUCUGCUAUACAUUGUUGGACCAGAGAUACUUCUCAGGGUUAGGAAACAUUAAGAACAAAGUCUUGUACAGAGCCAGGGUCCAUCUGCUCUCCCUCGAGUUGCUCCUGAGUCCUUUGCAUUUGGAGGCCCCCAUGGACCGCAUGGUGGAGUUCAGUACAAUCUGGCUACAGCAAGCUCCAGGGCAGACAGCAGCACACCAGAUCUACCAGAAGGAACAGUGCCCUGCUGGGCACCGGAUCAUGAAGCAGGAGUUUGGGCCCCCGGGUGGGUUUCAGAGACUGACUUGGUGGUGCCCACGGUGCCAGCCCUGGCUUCCACCUGAGGGGACACAUCAGCACCUAGUCACCUUGGGCCCUUCCUCCUGGAACUUUCUCUCUGGGGACAUGUCUGAGUGUCUGGAGAGGAGAGUGUGGCAGGGUUGGGAGUGGGAGAGGGGAGGUAGAGGGGUGUCAGUUUUCUUGAUGUUCAUCCCACAGACGUGUGUCUAA